UCGAACUCUGUAAAGUGACCAGUGUUAAGAUUAAUUAAUUCAGUAAGAUGUCACUCCAGAAAUGCUCCCGUGCAUUGUUGUCAGGUGCUACCGUCCUAAGGAGUGUUUCUUGUCAACAGAUUCGACGUAAAAGCCAGCAGAUCUGCACGCACGCACGCAGCCUGAACCUCGCAGCCGCGGCCAAAACUCUGCUAGAACCGCCACCUACAGGUACAGCCGUGGUUGGCACUGUCACGGGUUCAAAUACAUUGCGAGUUGGGUUCAGUGACGGCAGUGCCACAGAGAUCCCUUACUCCUGGCUCCGGGGUAACUGCAGGUGCCACAGAUGUCUUCGUGGGGACACCGAGGGGCAUCUGGCCUCAGGGGAACAAAGCACAGAGGUUCACCCGGAGAUUGUUCAGAGCAACGUGCACGGGAUAGUGGUGGACUGGAGCGACGGACACAUCAGCAAGUACCCCGGCUUGUGGCUCUACGACAAAGCCACGUCAGCUGAUCAGCCGGUGCUUCUUCGUCAGCAGCAACUCUAUGCUGUGUGAUGCGCUUGAAGCCCGAGGGUGUUGGUAACCUCACAGACGCCGCCGACGAUGAGGGAGACGGCGUUCAAGUGGAUAAAGACUGGAGAGGUUUUCUUCUGACCCGAAAGGAAUCUGCCCGAGACGAUCUGCUCUUCGCUGUUGAUUCUCUGCCUUUUACUCUCUCUCUCUCUUCAUUUGUCUAUUUAGUUAUUUAUUUGUCUGUCUGUUUGUUUCUCUAAUUCUCUCUCUCUCUCUCUUUCUAUCUAUCUAUCUAUCUAUUUAUAUCUGUCUAUCUAUCUAUCGAUCUGCCUGUAUAUCUAUCUACCCAUCUCUCUCUCUCUCUCUCUCUCUCUCUCUCUCUCUCUCUCUCUCUCUCUCUCUCUCUCUCUCUCUCUCUCUCUC